UGGCCGAGCACAUUCGUAACUCAGUAUAACAUCUAGUCAUCUGCUGCGUACCGGGACUGAAUUAAAGGAAGACAUACGGCAGUCAUUUCGAGGUCGUAUAUGUUGGCGGCGAUGGCGUGCGCGCGCCCCUUGAGCUCGAGACCUUGCUUGUCGUCCUUGCUAUAUGCUCUUAGGCGACCAAGACACUGCUUGCACACCAGUGCUAAAUGUCUCUCGACACCGAAGACCGACUCUGGCAAUGUUGCGUCUAGUAGCCCGCCCGUACCAGUCUAUCAGGGCCCACUCUCCAGCACGUUUCGCCGACUCAAGAUCUUCUCCUUAUCCACCCUCGCCCUGUCCACUGUCAUAUCCCCCUUCAUGUUCAUCAUCGAGUCUUCUCUUCCCGGAAGCGCAAGGGCUGCAUUGGCGGGUACUGCGUUGGGCACCAGUGCACUGAGCACGGCCUUGGUUGGGUGGGUGGGCAAGCCCUACGUCACACAGCUGAAGCCGCUGCAUCAGGUGCUUGACCCCGCGAAGGAGGUGACCGCGGUCGAGAUGGUCACGUACACCUUUGCGCUACGCAAGCGGGUGACGAAGGUGUACGACACGUCGUUCCUGAUCCCGGCGGAGCGCCCAUUUGCGAGCUGGCGGCUCGCGAAGACGAUGUUGUUCACCAACGAGGAGCUGGAGAAUAAGAUUCCGGAGGACGGGAAGGAGGAGACAGUUGCAGAGACCUCGGGCGAGGAUGGGAAGGUGCUCGGUCGGUGGAUUGUCAAGUGGGCUGUCCAUCCGGAGCAUGGGUCUGUCGUCGGGGAUUGUCGUGCGGUUGGCAAGGUCGUACAGGUGUUUAAUGUUCAUGAAGAUCUACUUGAAUAUCCUAUUCGAUAACAUGAGACAACUUGUGUCUGAUGCGGAUUCGUCCGAUUCUUUUGAUAUUUAUUCUUACCUUGAUAGAUCGAAACUAUCCCAGUCAGUCUUCGCACGACGCCCGUAUCCGUACACCGAAGCAUCAUCUAUAUCCUGCCUGACAAGGUAGCACGACAGAUUCUUUACCCACUUGUUCUCCCCCGCUGUUUCCUUCACGUGCAUGUGCGUGCGGCAUUUCUGGUCUUCACCGGAGAGAUGGCAAAAGUUUCUUUCAGCAAGCCAGGAUCUUUCUGCCCUGGAGAUGGUCGUCAUGUUUGGCCCGUACAGUGCAAUGCGAUAUCAACGGAUAUAUUUCCAACUCCAACUACCUGAAUGGUCUGACUCCCUCUACGCGCGCAGGUAUCCCUUUCCAUCCGAUAACUCAAUGUAUAUCCUCGUUAGACAGAUGAAGGUUCUAUCGGCGCCACUCAGCCAAGAACGAGGUGCGCUGCAGCAAAACACAUGAUGGAUGUUGGGCCACUCCCCUGCCUGCCGCCUAGAGCCCCAAAAAAAAGAAGUCUAGCCUGCUCACGCUUUGAGUCUCCACUCAUCCACCAGGCCGCGAUAGUCUUGCACGGUGUAAGGUUGGAAACACUCCGCCACCCAAUGACUCUUCUUGUGAUGCUCCAAGCCCAGAUCUCUGAGUAGCAUAUCGAUGUACGGAAUGGCGUCGAAUAUAAAAUCGGGGUGGUCCUUCCCAUAUCCAGCCGGGUACCUCCACUUUCCGAACUGACUAUGCAGCACCGUCUGCCACAGGAUACUUUCUUCGGCAAAGCGCCACUGGACCUCUGAUUCAUUUGAUGAUUGAUUUCCAGGAGACAGACUUCCGUCCAGAUACGCCGUCAACCAAAGUGCCUGGGCCUGCGCUAUCAGCGAAGUGCUGAGCGAAAGUACGAAGCCACUGAACGCUAUGGAUCUCUCUUGGAAGAACGCAGGUGGUACCAUCCCCCGAUAUAAUCGGUAUGGUUCGAGUGGUUUAUCGUAGGUCGAGGAAUCUAGAGGACGAUAAAUAGGGUUGAUCACAGGUUGGCGCCCGAGGCGCGGGAAGCGGGAGAGGAUGUGUUCGUCUGCUUCAUGGAUAAGACGUGCGUGAGUCCCAUCUGACUCGUGCGGAAGUCCUAGCUCUCGACUUAUCCCCUCCGGUAGAAACUUGAUUAUGGGUCGCCUCUGCCACCCGGUCGAACAAAUCAGUGCAUCUGUACGUAUGCUUUCGCCGGACGAAAGGUGCACAGUCCUCGAGGAUAGACGCGUUAUAUCUUCGACAUGGAUUUUGACAGUUCCGUUCCGUAUGUAGUCAAAGAAAUCUGUGGGGUAGUUGAGAAUACUGUAUGAGUUUCCGACCCAAAAUGCGCUAGUCCUCGGUUUCAACUUUUCCAGGUCCGGAUCUUUGUCGUACCCGUUGAGAGAGCACACGUCGGCAUCGAUCAGACCCCAAAACUUGUCGACGAACCACCUCCCAAUCCGAGUGUUAUGCAACAGCCGGCGGACAAAUCCAAACCCAUCCGAGUCGCCCCAGAUGCAGGGGCUGAACCAGGUGAGACAUCGCGUUGUGGCCAGC